UGCGCAGAUAGCGACCAUCUCCAACGGACCGCUUACGAACGAUAGGAAAUUAUUUCUCCUUUUACUAUUUUUUGUUGUGAAAUUAAAUACAAGUCCAAAUGUUGGUCUUGUUGCGUAAAAAAGGUGGAGCUGCGGCAACCGCACAAGUGUGCAGCAUUGCCAAACGACUGCUGGCCACAACGACAGCAGAGACAACGACAGCAGAGACGACAACAACAAAAGGUUCGCCGGCAGAGGAGCACUAUGAUAUUAUUAUUGGCGGAGGCGGAAUGGUGGGCACAACACUGGCCGCUGCCAUGACCAAGAAUGCGACACUUGCAGAUAAGAAGGUGUUGCUACUGGAAGCAGCACCGGAAUUUAAGGGCUUCGAUGCCAGCGGUCCCUUCCUGAACCGCGUGUCGGCCAUCAAUCAAAGUUCCAUUGAUCUGUUCAAGUCGAUUGAUGCCUGGCCACACAUUGAGGCCGCCCGUUGCAAGCCGGUCAAGCAGAUGCAGGUGUGGGAGGCUAAUAGCGAUGCGCUGAUUCAAAUUCAACAGGACAACUUUGCCAGCGAUGUUGCAUGCAUCGUAGAGAACAAACUAAUACUGGAUGCGGUCUAUGCCCACGUCCGUGCAGCAGCUCCCAAUUAUAAGGUAUUGAAUAAGGCGCGCAUACAAUGUGUCAGCUUGCCCCGGGAAUCGGGGGCAUCCAAUACACGUGUGCAGUUGCAAGAUGGACGCAGCUUCUCAUGUGAACUGCUCAUUGGAGCCGAUGGCUGCAACUCUGUGGUGCGCAAACAAAUGGGCGUCGAUGUCUUCUCAUUUAAGUACGACCGUAUGAGCCUGGUGGCCAAUCUGGACUUGAACAUUGAGGAUGGUUGUGAUAAUUCAGUGGCCUGGCAACGUUUCUUGCCAAAUGGUCCCAUCGCCUUGUUGCCGCUGAGCGAUAAGCAAAGCUCGUUGGUCUGGAGCACCACAGUGCCGCAUGCCCGACAACUGCUGGCCAUGGAGCCCUCACAAUUUGUGGAUGCCGUUAACGAGGCCUUUUGCCGCCAAUAUCCCCGUAUGGAUGUGGCAGAUAAAGCGAUGCAAGCCGUGAAUGCCUUCUUUGGCAAUAAGGGAUCACAGCAUCUGCGUCAGUAUCCGCCGCGUGUGAGUGGCCUGCAGGAACGUACUCGUGCCACCUUCCCACUGGGAUUCCUCCACGCAUCCUCGUACGUUUGCAAUGGUGCUGCUCUGGUGGGCGAUGCUGCACAUCGCAUUCACCCCUUGGCUGGCCAAGGCGUCAAUUUGGGCUUUGGUGAUGUGCGACAUCUGGUGGAAACAUUGGCCGAAGGAGCUUAUGCAGGUUUCCGGCUCGGCGACACACAGCAUCUCAUCAAAUACGAGCGCAAAUGUCUGGCCAAGAAUGUGCCCAUUAUGGUUGGAGUUCAUGGCUUGCACUCCGUUUAUAGCACACAAUUUAGCCCAAUUGUGUUGCUGCGAAGUCUUGGCCUACAGUUGACUGAAAAUCUGCCGCCCAUCAAGAACAUGUUCAUUAAGAGCGCAAUGGGCUAAAAGCACGAGUUGGGGCUGAUAAUAUUUAAGUAGUUACAGUUUUAUAUAGUCGUUAACAAAAAUCAAAUAAAAAGGUGUACAGCAAUUUUUA